ACUUUGCCCUCCAUAAUUCUUUUGAUUUAUUGGUUUCUGCUUGCUGCUGACUUCUAUUGCAUUGCAGUGGGACACACCAUUUAAGUUUUUACCUAAAUAUUGGUGGGAAUCCAUUCUUCCCAGCGGCCUCCUCAGUCCACCGGCCAAAAUAAUGAAUCAUACAAGGGCUUAAAAAGUUAUGGUCCAGAACCUGGUUCUGCUACAUCUUUCAUUCAGUAGCCUAAAAUGGAUUGUGGAUGAACAGCAUCAGAAAAAGAAGCAGGCAAAAAAGAUGAUCUCUUGAUUGAGAAGAAAGUUUAUCAUUUAACAUUUAUACCUCAAAUUAAGAAGUUCUAUAUAUACUUGCAAAGAUAUCCGGGCUUCCAUUUGGAAGAAAUGAUAGAGCUCAUAUCAAAUUUUUAAUGCUUCCAUUGUGAUAUUCUUUUGCACUUUGAUUGCAAGAUAAUUCUUGAUUGGCUACCCAUCCAUAGAGAAUGGGCAAAUUUAGUAAAAUGUAUUCGUUGUAUCUAUAUUUCUAUUUCUUCUAUUAUAUUGAUUGUAUUUGAUUUAGCUUCUGAAAUCCUCUUCUGCUCUAACAAAUAGGAAUUUACAUUCUCAUAUCUCAUCAGCCGAUGAUUAUCUUAUCAACAUUGUUGUUGAAUCUUGUGUUAUGAAACAUGUGUAUGGAGUUUACUGAUGGAAAACCAAUUACUUUUCUUGCCAUUUAGGUUUUGGGGAUAAUUUUUUAAGAGAAAUGGUUGAUUUACCUGGAAGGCAUAGUAGAACAGAUACUGCAGCUUGCUUGAGAAAAAAACCCAACUUGAGAAAAAAACCCAACUCAAUCAACAAGACAAGAUAGGCAAGCCAAGUGUGCUUACUACUAAGUAUAUGUCUGCCAUGAAAGCAACUGGACAUCAUCAUAAGUGCAACUCCAAUAAGAGG